GCUGAAAAUCAACAGCCGUCUUCAUCGGAAAUUCCAGAAAUUGCAGUCACCCAGACGGGACCAAAUUUGGCACAAAAACCGUCGGUUCUGGUUUUGGGAAUGGCUGGAAGUGGAAAAACGACUUUUGUGCAGCGCCUCACCGCCUACCUGCACGCUCGCAAGACGCCUCCCUACGUGAUAAAUCUGGAUCCGGCGGUGACAAAAGUACCGUACCCAGUGAAUGUGGACAUCAGGGAUACUGUAAAAUACAAGGAAGUGAUGAAGGAGUUCGGAAUGGGACCCGGAGCCAUCAUGACAUGUCUCAAUUUGAUGUGUACUCGUUUUGAUAAAGUGAUUGAGCUUAUCAAUAAGAGAUCUGAUGAUUUCUCGGUUUGCCUUCUGGAUACACCUGGGCAAAUCGAAGCGUUCACUUGGAGUGCAAGUGGUUCCAUUAUCACCGACUCGUUGGCCAGUUCGCAUCCAACGGUCGUGAUGUACAUUGUGGACUCGGCACGUGCCACAAAUCCGACGACGUUCAUGUCGAAUAUGCUCUACGCGUGCUCCAUUCUCUACCGUACCAAACUUCCGUUCAUCGUCGUCUUCAACAAAGCGGAUAUUGUGAAACCGACGUUCGCGCUGAAAUGGAUGCAAGACUUUGAGCGAUUUGAUGAGGCUCUGGAGGACAAUCGAUCCAGCUAUAUGAACGAUUUGAGCAGAUCGUUGAGUCUGGUGUUGGAUGAGUUCUAUUGUGGUUUGAAGACAGUCUGUGUGAGCUCGGCAACUGGCGAGGGCUUCGACGACGUCAUGACGGCGAUUUCGGAAAGUGUGGAAGCCUAUAAAACGGAGUAUGUUCCGAUGUAUGAGAAGGUGUUGGCCGAGAAGAAGGAGCUGGAUGAGAAGGAGAGGAAGAAGCGAGAGGAGGAGGCCAUGAAGGGAAAAGCGGUGCACGAUUUGAACAAACAGGAUGGCGAUGGAGAGGACGAUGAUGGAAUGCUGGAAUCGGAGCUCAACGCAAAAGUGGACCGCAUUCAUUUGGGUGGAGUGGAUGAGGAGAAUGAUGAGGACGCUGAGAUUGAGAGAGCC